GAGCUCUGCCCCAGGGCCCGCCGGCGGCAGCGGGCGGGCGAGCGGGCGGGCGGCGGCGGGACCCUGCCCGCAGACGGUUCUCCUCACGCUCUGGCCCGGCGAGCGGCGGCAGGCAGGUGUCUCCCGGGGCGGGCGGGCCCCUGUGCCUCCUCAGGAGACAGCGACAUCAUCCUUCCCCCGGGGGCAGCGGAGAGGAGAAGGCCGACAGGGAAGGAGGGCACACCGUCACCGCCGCCGACCAUCACUCAGCCCCCACCGUCGGGGAGCCCCAAUACCCGCUCCGCUCGGCGCACACGGCGGCCCCUCCUGAGCAGCGGCGGCUGGGCCAGCUGCCCUAGCGCGCAUGCUCGGCGCCGGCGCCAUUUUGGUGGGGCCGGGAGUUAUCCAGCGAGAGCGGCGGCGGAGCUCGCUGGGCCCGGCUCGGAGGUGGCGGCGAGUGGGUGCCGGCUGCGGAGAUGGCUAACAUCGCGGUGCAAAGGAUCAAGCGGGAGUUCAAGGAGGUGCUGAAGAGCGAGGAGGAGUUUGGCUUUAAUAGGAAUGAAGUGUACGAGUCUUAAGACGAGCAAAAAUCAAAUUAAAGUAGAUCUUGUAGAUGAGAAUUUUACAGAAUUAAGAGGAGAAAUAGCAGGACCUCCGGACACACCAUAUGAAGGUGGAAGGUAUCAACUAGAGAUAAAAAUUCCAGAAACAUAUCCGUUUAAUCCUCCUAAGGUGCGGUUUAUCACCAAAAUAUGGCAUCCUAAUAUUAGCUCAGUCACUGGGGCUAUUUGUUUGGAUAUUCUGAAAGAUCAAUGGGCAGCAGCAAUGACUCUAAGAACAGUGUUGUUAUCGCUGCAAGCGUUGUUGGCAGCUGCAGAACCAGAUGAUCCACAAGAUGCAGUAGUGGCAAACCAGUACAAACAAAAUCCAGAAAUGUUUAAACAGACAGCUCGACUUUGGGCACAUGUGUAUGCUGGAGCACCAGUUUCUAGUCCAGAAUACACCAAAAAAAUAGAAAACCUUUGUGCUAUGGGCUUUGAUAGGAAUGCAGUAAUAGUGGCCUUGUCUUCAAAAUCAUGGGAUGUAGAGACUGCAACAGAAUUACUCCUGAGUAACUGAGCCAUGUAGAGAGAGCUGCUUCAGUAGUCCAGCUUGCCCCUUCUGGAGGAGCAUCACCAUCUGUUAUUUUUAGGAUUCUAUAUAGAUUCUCUUUUAAAACUGGCACUCUUGCCUGAUGAUGCUAUCUAGGCACUAUUGGAGACUGAAAAAAAAACCGCUCUGUAAAUAAAGCUAAUUAAACGUCUGUGUAAAUUUAAAAAGGGGAAAUACUUUAAUUUUUUUUCUUACUAAAUAUUGUAAAAAUUCUUUGAGCUCAGCUACAAUAAUAGGGGAAAAACAUGCCUACUUUAGUGUUUAGCAGCGUGACGAAGACUAGCAGGAACUUGCUUCAGGAUUUUGAUUUAGUAAUUCAGAAAGCAACGUUUUUGAGUGUUAGUCAUCAGAAUUGUUGGUGCCACUCAUCACAGCUAUCUUACUGUUUUUAACAUGGAUCCUAUGUGCCUGUGGAUUGACCUAUAUUUGCAUGCUUGUACUUAAUAGACAUAUUAGUAGGGUCGCUGAAGAGAGCACCAUUGAAAUACUCGAGUGUUCUUGUAACUUUUUUUCCUGAAAGACUUUGAAGACUUACCCAAAGUUCCAAAUGGUGACCUGUUCAGAACCGGUUUCUUUCUAACUUAUGAAUUGGGAAACCUGAUUCUCCUCUCCCUUACAUCAUGCAGCUAAAAAUCCUCGCUAGAUUAUGUUUCAUCAUCCGUGGGUAUUACAUGUGCCAUUUACAGUAGUCUAGGCUCCCCUUUAAAGAAUAUAUUUUGAAUUAUCAGUAACGAUUUUCAUUCAUCGUGUUUUCUACACAAUCUCAUAAGGAGUAUGCUUCGAUACAGCACAAAAAGAUGGAGCUGGUUUAUUUCCUUUUUUUGGUCUUAAAUAGAUGUAAAAUGUUCUUCAGUACAUUCUGGAUAAUACGAUUUCACUGGGUUUGAAGGAGGAAAAAGCUGAUUCUCUAGCCUACUGAGAAUUAAAGAAAUUUUUCUUUGAGUACUUGAUAUGAUGCAAUCAGCUGUUCUUUUGCAGCGGUUUUCUAGCUUUAUUUCUGGCUUCAAUUUAGGGAUUGCUUACCAGGUACUUUAAAAUUCAUCCUUGCUUGCGUUUUUCUCUAGUUGACACAUGGAGGCUGUGUUGGUGUUUUUACUGUACAUACUUCAAAUGCACAUAGAAGUAGAAUUGUGUUCUCAAUUUAGCUUUCUUUUUGGAUUGAUGUUUCUGAUAAACGAGAACUGAAAUCUUACCUUGGCUUGUACAUACAGUCAGUCUUUUUAUUCGUAUUAAAAUGACAUUUCAUCCUGA